AUGGAGGCUCCUCCUCCUCCUCCUCCUCCAUAUUCUUCAUCAAAUCAAAAAUCCCCAAAUAUUCAAAACCCUAAUCCCCAAUCAUCAUCUUCAUCAUCAUCAAGAUCUUCAUUCCCAAACAAACCCUCAAAAGAAUCACUAAUCUCUCAUCAAGAAAAUCAUCAAUUAUUAUAUGAUCAGAUCAAGAACAAAAACAACAACAACCCUAACCUUGUUCUUGAUCAUCUUGAUCUUGACCUCACUCUCCAAAUCCCUUCUGAUGAACUAAUUCCCCAAAACACGCUUUCUGCUCUAACUGUAGGAACCGCACCGGACGGGAACCGCACCUUCUCCUGCAACUACUGCACCAGGAAAUUCUACAGUUCUCAGGCGCUCGGCGGCCACCAGAACGCUCACAAGCGCGAGCGGACCAUCGCCCGCCGCGGCGGCGCUGCCGUCGGAUACCCUCUGCCGCUCCACGGCUCUUUCGGCCGGUCGCUAGGAAUUCAGGCUCAUUCAAUGAUCCAUAAGCCGAGCUACGGAGCCGCCGCGCCGGCGGCGUACGGACAGCCGAGCUGGGGGAGAAAGCUGCUGAAUCAGGCGGCGCCGCCGCCGUCGCUCGGAGGAGCGGCUAGAUUUGACGGUGGCCGGAGAUUCGCCGCCGAUGGGCUCAUCGGAGGGCUCAGAAUGGAGAUUAAUAAUAAUAAUAAUAAUAAUAAUAAUAGAAAAAAAGAGGAUGUGAAGAAAUUGGAUUUGUCUCUUAGGCUCUGAUCUGAUCAAUUUUCUUGAUAAAAAUUUCGAUUUUUUUUUUUUUAAUUUUUUUUUAUAUGAAUGAUUCUUACUAUGUUGCAUGAAUUUUUAUUCAUUUUAAUUUCGAUAAUAAAA